AUGGAAGCAGCUCAUUCAUAUUCACUAACUUACCCUCACCGAAGCAUUGCGAAGACAUCCCACACGCAAGCCAGAAUUAAUCUGCUAGUGACCUGUCCUAAGCCCGUUUUACAUGUGCAGCUGGGACGUACGCUUCGAUUCAACCAAGCUGUAUCAGUCCUUGUGGGAACUUUCAUGACUGCUUGCUCAGGAGGGCCUCACUACGGCUCGAUUGAGGUCAUCAUCCUAGGUAAUUUCGUGUUCGGUGUAGCUGCUAAUUAUAUACCCGCCAUGCCUGAUCAGAAAGGAAGCUGGCGCCAUUGGUUUGCAGUAGGUGGACGGCUUCAUCCACUUGAAGGUGCACUAGUAUAUUCGCAAGUUUUCGGUGUGCUGUUCGCGCCACCGGCCUUGAAGAGCCUCUUCUGGACGAAUGCUGCCAUCCAGCUAAUGAUCUUCCUGCCUGUCGUUCAACUCCCGAUCCUGCUUACAGGCAAGAUGCUGUAUGUUGACAUUGGCUGGCCUUCGGGACUUGUUGCGAUUGGAGCGACCUCGCUUCUAUUGGGUGCUGGGUUAUGGGUUCGUAAAUGCUUAAUAGCUUCAUGUUUCCUGCUACACGGGGGUCGCAUGGCCUUGGGUGCGCUGGUGAUGUUUGGCCAGUCCUCCAAUUUCACCUAUCGCUUUCAAGAAGAUCUUCCGAGGUACCAGUAUGCGAAGCAUAAGUGGGUCAGCGUUGAGGGCAUGUCCGAAGACACCUGGUGGCUGAAGAUGCAGUUGGACUCCCUGGGCCAGGGAAUCAGCAACAUCAUUAUUCUUUGCGUGCCCGCUUUCCUGACAGCCAGCAAUCCAGAUUCGCAAAUCUCUUGCCUUGAGUGGCUGGGCUUCGUCAUUUGGGCCGCAGCCUGGAUCUUUGAGAGUUUUGCAGAUUUCCAGAAGAUGCUGUUCUUGCAGGAGUGCAAGAAGCUCAAGAAGAGCGACGCUACAUUGGGCCUUGCACCAUUCGACAAAUACUUCUUGUGGUCUUGGUGCCGCCAUCCGAACUACUUCGGCGAGUGGUGUGCCUGGGUAGGUCUCGCACUAACUGCCUUCCCAUCACUCCUGAAUGAGAACGUUGUCCCAGAACAGCAUGCUUUCCUCUUUCGCAUCUAUAUGGUCGGCUUGAUCAUGCUGCCGCGAGUGCUAUACGAUUGCUUGGUGCACUGGACCGGUGCCGGCCCCGCCGAGCAUUUCAGCGCCAAGAAGAGGGCGAGCUACCGAGAAUACCAGGAGAAGGUACGUUGCUUUUUCCCUUUGUCCCUGCCAGGCAUAGAUAACCACAUGCGGGCAGGAUGGCCUACCUUCGAGCCAGCUUGA